AUGGAUGAGACACAUUCACUUAUAUCUGCAGAGUUUGUGUCGAGGUUGAAGUUAGAGGUGUCUGCUAUGAUUUGUAGUAUGAUCAUUGAUACCCCAACUAGUGGUUUAAUGACUAGUUAUUUAAUGUGUUUGAAUUGUCAUGUGAAAUUUUUUGGGAGAGAUUUUGGGAUGGACUUUGUGUGUUUGUCUCUAAGUCAACUUGACGUUAUUCUGAGGAUGAAUUGGUUGGAGUUUAACCAUGUGUUUAUUAAUUGUUUUGAUAAGUCAGUGCAGUUUCUUGAUCUCGUAGAGAGUGUGGAGUCGAGUUUCAUGAUCGCGAGGCAGGUACAAAUGUCCUUGAGUGAGAGUGCUCAAGUGUUCAUGGUAUUCACAUCCAUGAAUGGGGGAAGAGAAAGGAUGAUUACGGAUCUACCAAUGGUGUUUGAUUUUCAUGAGGUAUUCCCAGAUGACAUCAGUGAUUUGCCGUCAGAGUGUGAGGUGGAGUUUGCUAUAGACUUUGUACUUGGUAUUAGUCCUGUGUCGAUGGCUCCCUAUAACAUGUCUGCUCCAGAUCUAAGUGAGUUGAAGAAAUAA